UUUUUUCUUUUUUAUUACUCGCAUCGCCAAGAUGUUUCCAUGUAGCUCGCAAAGAAAAUAUUGGAUGUUUAGCGAUGAAAGCGAUUUAACCAUGUUGAGGGAGAAAACUAAUGCUGAUUUUAUCGCAAAGCAUGGUGCAAAUAUGACUCCAGAAGAAAAGGAGGAAUAUUUUCUCUCGCAUUCAGAAGAGCGUACAUUACUCCGUUUUUAUGAAUUACAAUUAAGAGACUUCUGUCGUCGAUUCAAUCCACCGAUGCCUCGUGCUACUGUCGCCACUGCCUUACAUUACUUUAAAAGAUUUUAUCUCAGAAACAGUGUGAUGGAUUAUCAUCCAAAAGAGAUUUUGGUCACUUGUGUUUAUCUAGCAUGCAAAGUUGAAGAAUUUAAUGUCUCUAUAUCUCAAUUUGUAGCAAAUAUUAAGGGAGAUAGAGAAAAAGCAUCUGACAUAAUUCUUAAUAAUGAAUUACUCCUCAUGCAACAGUUGAAUUAUAAUCUUACUGUUCAUAAUCCAUUUAGACCUGUGGAAGGAUUGAUGAUUGACAUAAAGACAAGAUAUACAUCUUUGGAAAAUCCUGAAAAAUUAAGGCAACAUAUAGAUGAAUUCUUGGAAAGAGUUUUUCUGACAGACAGUGUUCUUCUUUAUGCCCCAAGUCAAGUUGCGUUGGCUGCGACUUUACAUGCAGCAUCCAGAGCUUCUGCAAACUUAGACAAUUAUGUUACUGAUAUACUUUUUUCGAGAGAACAAUUGGGUGGGAUUAUAGAAGCUGUGCGAAAAAUACGUUCGAUGGCUAAAUGUGUAGAACCACCUUCACGAGAAGCAGUCAAAGCUUUAGAGAAGAAAUUAGAUAAAUGCAGAAAUCAAGAAAAUAAUCCUGAUAGUGAAAUAUAUAAACAGAGAAUGCAGGAAAUGCUGGCUGAAGAGGAUUUACAGGAUAAUGAAAAAUAUGCAAAAAUUAUUCAGGAUCAGGCAGCUCACGAUGACAAAAUUUUGGGAGUUAAUAAAAUUUUAUCUCCCUCUGUUCUGUGA